AUGUUCCAUGGUCACAAUAGGCAUUCACUACGUUACAUCAGGAGAAGAAAAGAACGAGAAACCUUCUUUUCACACACCCCCUCCCCCCUGCGAAAUAUGCCUGCCGUCACUUUACAUCUAAGAGCUGAAACUAAGCCUCUAGAGGCCCGUGCUGCCUUAACACCCACUACAGUCAAGAAGCUGAUUGCUAAGGACUUCAAAAUAUACGUGGAAGACAGUACUCAAUCAACUUUCAAUAUCAACGAAUACCGUAAAGCAGGUGCCAUUAUAGUGCCUGCCGGCUCAUGGAAAACCGCCCCACGUGACAGAAUCAUCAUAGGUUUGAAGGAAAUGCCUGAAACCGACACUUUCCCCCUAGUCCACGAACAUAUUCAGUUUGCUCACUGUUACAAAGACCAGGCUGGAUGGCAAGAUGUUCUUACCAGGUUCAUCAAGGGUCACGGUACUUUAUACGAUCUAGAAUUUUUAGAAAAUGACCAAGGUAGAAGAGUUGCUGCCUUUGGAUUCUACGCUGGGUUCGCUGGUGCAGCACUUGGUGUAAGAGACUGGGCAUUCAAGCAAACACAUUCUGACGACGAAGAUUUGCCCGCAGUGUCACCAUACCCCAAUGAAAAGGCGUUGGUCAAAGAUGUCACCAGGGACUAUAAAGAGGCCUUAGCCACGGGUGCCAGAAAACCAACUGUCUUGAUCAUCGGUGCUUUAGGAAGAUGUGGCUCUGGUGCCAUUGAUCUCUUGCACAAAAUCGGUGUUACCGACUGCAAUAUAUUAAAAUGGGAUAUGAAAGAAACCUCCCGUGGUGGUCCCUUCGAAGAGAUUCCACAAGCUGAUAUUUUCAUCAACUGUAUAUACCUGUCAAAACCAAUUGCACCUUUCACCACCAUGCAGGAACUAAAUAACCCUAACAGAAGACUAAGGACUGUAGUAGACGUAUCAGCCGACACCACCAACCCUCACAACCCUAUCCCAAUAUACACAGUGGCUACCGUAUUCAACAAACCUACUGUGCUGGUACCCACCACCGUCGGACCUAAGUUAUCUGUCAUCUCUAUCGACCAUUUGCCUUCUUUAUUGCCAAGAGAAGCUUCGGAAUUUUUCUCUCAUGACCUUCUGCCAUCUCUAGAGCUACUACCUCAAAGAAAGACCGCUCCUGUUUGGGUUAGAGCUAAGCAACUAUUCGAUAGACAUUGUGCUCGUGUCAGAAGAUCUUCAAGACUAUAG